UCAUAAGCAUAGACUAAUUCGUACAGUGUACUGAAAGUAGGUACCAUUAUAUCGCAUAUAACAAGCUAGGGAUUCGUUGAUUCAACGUAUUGAUACUGAGUGCAUAUUGAUAUUGUUGAUACUGAUUGUUUUAGUAGUAAAAUAAGUCCAAACGAUAGUAGUUGGAAGCAGCAAGUAUCUGCGAUUUAGCUUUAAAUAUCUAAAGUAUUUAAUAUAGUAAUGGAAGGUUUAGCUAAAUAUUUAAACCGUGUAUUUCCAUCACUUCGGAAGUGGAUAUUUACUGCUGCUGAAUGGAACCAGUACGGUUUAUAUAAGGAUGAUCUUAUAGCCGAGGAUAAUGAUGAUGUAAUAGAAGCAUUAAGACGAUUACCUCCACAUUUAAUAGAAGAACGUAAUUUCCGAAUUAUUAGAGCUGCACAAUUAGAUUGCCAAAAAAAAGUUUUGCCAAAAGAACAAUGGAUUAAAUAUGAAGAUGAUAUUGAAUAUCUGACGCCUUAUGUGGACGAAGUGAGAAGGGAGCGGGAAGAAAGAGAAGAAUGGAAUGCAGAGUAAAGUAUAACAAUGUAGUAAAGAAUAUAUUCAUCUUAUACAUAAAUUGUAAUUUCCAGAUAUUGGAUUGUAUAUACAUUAAAUAAAAUAUCUUUAGUCAUUCUAUUGUUUCAAA